UAAGAAGCAAGCAGCCUCUGCUGAGGCACCGUACAGCUCUUCCAACACCAGUGGCUGCUCACUGCACUACGCUAAUCAUGUUCAAGUCCCUGGUCCUGGCCCUGUGCCUGUUGGUGGCGGUCUUCGCCGCUGAGGAGUCCGCCCCCAAGGAGAAGCGCGGCCUGGCCUACGCCACCGGCCUCGGCUACUCCGCCCCCUUGGCCUACUCUUCUGGACUCUACGGUGGAUACGGAUACCCUGGAUAUGCUGGAUACUACGGCUACGGUGGCCUGGGAUAUGCUGCAGCUCCUUUCGCCUAUGGAUACCAUGGAUACAUCUGAAAUGCAUAGAAUUCAUUUUUGAGAAAUAAUCAACCCUUCUGUAUAUUCACAAAAGAUUGCUCAAGCAUUGAGACUUUAAUUCGAGGUACUCAGUUCACUUGUCCUAGGCUCCUUUCUCAAAAAUGUACUUACAGUGAACUAUAGUAAAAUUUUUCUAUCCACAAA